UCUGCAGAUAACCGGGAGUCUCUUCCAGUUGGUUAGCUUCUACACAACUUCCUCAUUGUGCUCUUAUUACAGGCAAAUAUUUAACCACAUGUUUGUUUUAUGAGUUGCUAGCUCAGUUGGAAUUAGAAACAGCCUUGGAAUUACCUCUGCGAUCUCAGAUCAACAGAAGGAUUAAGAAAAGAACAUGACACAAAGAAGACGGGGACACCAUAUUGUUUCCUGGGAUUGCCUAUAGAAUUGCAUACAUCUAACACCUAUAGCUCUUCUCAGCAUGGCCAUUUUACCCUCUCUGGAAAUGUGUCAUUCUCCAAAUCAAACCUAUAAUGAGACCUGCAGAAGCCUAACAGACCUGGAGCCUGUUUUGCAUUAUUCACUUCUUCCAUCAAUUGCCAUAAUAGUUGUGCUAUCUUGUCUUGAAAAGAGAGCCAGGAGAAAUGUAAUCGAUGAAAAAUGCCACCUCCUCAAUAGGAGGUGUGGGGUUGUUGUGCCCUUAGAUUUAAUGGGAGUAUGCAAAAGUCGUUGGGCAAUGGGUUUUGCCUUUGGAGCUACAGCUAACAAAGUCAUGAUACUGUUUACAGAUGGUUAUAUCCCUCUGCGAGUGCUGCCAAAAUGGAUUAAAGCCAUUGCUAUUCUGAUCGGUGCCACAGAGGUGGGUCUUUCCUCCUAUCCAUUCUUUGCUUGCCUUUCAACACCCAUGCAGAUGACGGGGGCCACACUUGGAUUCCUUUACACAGCAGCUUGGUUUGUAAUUACAGCUGUGCACAUUGGACAGUGCCCACACGGAGAAAUUCUGGGGUAUUAUGAGAAUAUCAUUUUCUAUUGGCCUUCUUUGGUCUGCCAGCUUUUCCUCCUAGGGAAAUUCACCCAUAUGUUGAUAAAAGCGUCAUGGGCCCAGUUCCAGACAGGCCGUCCAACGGACAACACUACUUUAUUGGAGACCCAUCAUGCUCAAUACGUCCAACAAUUGUUGAGGAAACCUCCACUGCAGAAGCCUCAGAAACCUUGGAUCCAGCGGAACAUCUAUGAAUGGGAUCCUUACUUUCAGUUUCCCAGCCGAAUGAUCUGCACAGCAGUGCUUGCCAUCAUUUGCCUUUACAUGUUUGUGGUGAUUGAGUAUUAUGUUUACAAGCUUGUUUCAUGUACUCUGGUAAUUCUGAUAUCAGAUUAUGAGAGGCUUCCAGCUGCCAGCAAUGUAUCAGAUAUCGAACCUUUAAAAGAAUUCGUUGAAGUCGUGGAAGGUGUGUGGAUCUUCAGCAUUGGCUCUGCUUCUCUCACAAGUGUCAGCUACGUGUUCCAUAUCCUUGCCUGCUACAGAAAACAUAUCAAGAGAUUACGGGCAGGACAGAAGGAAUUCCUUCCAGCAUUAUUUAGUAAAGUUUCAUCUUCACAAAGCGUGGGAGCAAUUGCAAGAUAUUCUGGUUGGCAAAUUGCCUAUCUAGUUUGGGGUUACUUGGUCAUCCACAUAAUACAGUGCCUCAUCGGAGUGAUGCUCAUUUAUGGUUUGGUGAUGCCCAUAAAGCACGGUCAAGGGAUAGAAAUGGCUAAAAGUUUGGGAACGGGCAUCUUGACGGUUGCCAUUGUCAUAGGGUUCAUCGUGCUGCAGAUUAUGACCGCCAGCCGAUUUUUUCUCCAGCCAAAGAUUUUUCAAGAUGACAAGGAAAAGCCUUUGGCUCUUGAUAACAGAAAAGUGUUCCAUAAUUUCAAUUACUUCCUGUUCUUCUCUAACGUGAUGCUGGGCCUGAGCGCCUGUCUCGUCCGACUGAUAUGCAGUGUUGUUUUGGGAGCCUGGCUGAUUGCUCGGAUUGAUAGGACCAUCAUGCCUAAAGGCUAUGAAGCAGCUGACAUGGGAUACAAGACAUGGAUCGGGAUGCUUUUUAUGGACCACUAUCACACCAAUCCUAUUCUUCUCUGCUUUGGCCACCACCUUGCAGCCCAAUGUAUAGAGAAUCAGCAGCAAAGAAACUCAUAUUCUUGCCAUGUUGAUCAAUCAACAGAUUUUAUGGUGUCCAAGAAGGCCAGGACAAGAUGGUUGCUGCUUUAUACCCUUCUAAAGAACCCCUCCCUCUGUGCACACAGGAAGCCGAAAUGAGGAUCCAUGAAGGGCCCCUGCUUUGUUUUAUCUGAAUAGGGCUGAAUAGUUUCAGAUGUGUAGUAGAAUUAACAGAACAAAAGACAGAACAUUUCAUCUCCUUUGCAUAUGACUACCUAGUAGUCAGCCUAUGGUGAUGAAGAAAACUUGAAGGAUGUUCGCUAUGGAUAUUUCUAUGUAUUGAAACCCAUUUCCAGUUGAUUUGGAUUCAGACAAAUAUGAUUAUUUCUGUGGCAGGCCACUUUCCUUUGAAAUAUCCAGGCUCCAUUCAUUUCAAUUAUUAAAUGCGAAGACAGAGGCCAUGAGCAUUAAGAAGAGUAGGGUGCAAAGAAAUAAGUUGUUUUAUUAUUGCUUUAAGAUUUUCUGGAAUGUGGAUUACAAAUGCUUCAGUAAUUAAGAAAGGAAGCCUAUAAAUAAACGUAUUAGCAAUGGAA